GUGUAGUUGGAUUUGCGUAUAUCUGUCCAUUUACUUGUUCUUUUUGUAUAUGCUGCCCAUGUUUCUUGCUGUGUAUUGAUGUUGUUUCUAAUGUGCGACGCACUGACACAUUGGUGUUAAGUUUCUGUAAGUUUAAGGUCUGCCUAAUACAGAGUACGUCUGCUGAAAGCUCUAAAUUCUUUUUAAUAAAUCCAUUCUCGUGUACUGGGGGAACAUCAAAAUAUCUAAAAUCCUACAAGGGAUUUAAAAACAUCUUCAAGUCUCGCUGUUUUCUCUUCAAUUCCUGUAAGGCAGCAAUACCCACUUCAAAUUCAGUUAAACCCAUUCCAAAAAGAAGCUUAAAGUUGAUGGAAAAUCAACCCGAAAAAUCACAGAUUUAGCUAUGAACAGUCUAUGCAAAAGAAGAAACAUAGAGAAGCUGUAAUUGUUUUACAUUCUGUAACCAAGAAAGAGUUUAAGGAUUUUGGCGACAAUUUGUUAGGAUGGAUAUCAUAUCUCAGCUACAAGAACAAGCGAAUACUAUUGCAUCCCUAGCUUUCAAUACUUUUGGAACACUUCAAAGAGAUGCGCCACCAGUGAGACUUUCCCCAAAUUAUCCAGAGCCUCCUGCUAACACUACUACGGAAACCCCAGCUGAUAUUGCAGAACAACCCAAGCUCAUGAGUGCUGCUCUGGUUAAGGCUGCAAAGCAGUUCGACGUAUUGGUUUCGGCACUUCCAGUGUCAGAAGGAGAUGAGGAAGCUCAAUUAAAACGUAUAGCUGAACUUCAGGCAGAAAAUGAAGAAGUUGGACAAGAACUCCAAAAUCAGCUAGAGGCUGCAGAAACAGAAUUGAGGCAGGUCCAAGGAUUGUUUAACGAAGCAGCAGACAACUGUUUGAAUUUGAAAAAACCUGAUUAAAGAGCAGUGAGAUCAACAGCCUAAGUAUUAGGGCCUUCAAACUUUCUUGCUCCAGCCCAACAACGGCAAGAUGGUUUGAUUUUCAAGCUCUAGUGUCAAUGCAUGAUGUGUUAGAUCUAUGAAGAGGUGGAAGAAGUAGAGCCAACUUUUCUUUUUUCUCGGUAGGUAAAAGAUUAAUUAACGAAAUCAGUGAAGUUCAUAUUGUCGUUAUCCUCCAAAAAUCCAGUGAUGAAAUCUGGAGGAGAGCUUAGCCAAGCACUCGUUGUUGAGUUUAUCCUAGCAUACAGCAGUAUGGUUCGCUGAUCUCAUUACAAAAGAACAAGUCCAAUCACUGAAACCUUGCAAGCAAGUCCAUUAGAUCCUUCCCAUUGAACCGCUAAUGGCAGCUAUCACAUUUUUG